AAUGAACCAAAUGCAACCGAAAACCCAAAAAUACAGAGCUAAACAAGCUCGUAACAGAAAGCGACUUCCUGAGCUUGACGCGAUUGGUUUUUAGCGAAGCCCACCCACUUCCGAAAGCGACUCUCUCCAACAUGGGAGACGAUCACAGCAGCGGCAGCGAAACCCUAAAAUCUCACCGAUGGUCUCUGAUCGGGAUGACCGCCCUCGUCACUGGCGGAACUCGAGGAAUCGGGCACGCUGUGGUCGAGGAAUUGGCUGCUCUCGGGGCGUCGGUCCACACGUGCUCUCGAAAGGAGGGGGAGCUCGGCGCGUGCUUGAAGAAAUGGGAGGGGCUAGGGUUAAGAGUCACCGGAUCGGUCUGCGAUUUGUCGGUGAGAGAGCAGAGGGAGGAGUUGUUGAAGGAGGCCUCGUCGAUUUUCGGUGGGAAAUUAAACAUUUUGAUAAAUAAUGUUGGAACAAAUAUCAAGAAGCCGACUACUGAUUACUCAUCUGAGGAAUUCUCAUUUCUUGUGGCGACCAACUUUGAAUCUGCUUUUCAUGUGUGCCAACUUGCACAUCCUCUUCUUAAAGCAUCAGGAAAGGGCAGUAUUGUAUUCAUCUCGUCUGUUGCUGGGGUGGUUGCUCUAGAUAGUGGUGUCAUCUAUUCGGCAACUAAAGGAGCAAUGAAUCAAAUUACAAAAAAUUUGGCUUGUGAAUGGGCAAGGGACAAUAUCCGAGUCAAUUCUGUUUCGCCGUGGUACAUCAAGACUUCGCUUGUUGAUCAUCUCUUGGCAGACAAAGACUUUGUGGAGAGUGUAAUUGCUCGGACCCCUCUUCGAAGAGUAGGGGAGCCAGAAGAAGUCUCAUCUCUGGUGGCUUUCCUUUGCCUCCCUUCUGCCUCCUACAUCACAGGGCAGAUCAUCUCUGUUGAUGGUGGAAUGACUGUGAAUGGGUUCUACCCAACUCACGACUAGGCAACAACCUGUCCAUUUUGGGCCUGUACAUAAUGACAUGCGUAAGUAGAAUUGCAUGUUGAUAUUUUAAGCUUGAAGUUUGUAUAUAUGGUGGACAUUGAGCUUAGACAAUAAUAAACAUUUGCAUUAUGGGUCUGUUAUGAGUUUUCUGCAUGUAAAAACUCGAUAUCUUGGAAUUUCUUUGUGCAACGAAAGGCUGUUAUUUUA